AUGGCAUACAUUGCAACUUCAGAAGGUACUUCGGGGCAGCCGAAGCCUGAUAAUUGGGUGCCGAUCCUGGAGCAACCGCUGUCCACAAGGCGCAAGCUGAGGAUGAUCUGCCUGGGCGCCGGUUUUUCAGGUUUGACGUUAGCGUACAAGAUCAGAUAUGACAUGAAGUACGACGAUUUCAUCGACUUUCAAAUUUAUGAGAAGAAUCCCGACCUUGGAGGAACAUGGUACGAAAAUCGUUACCCUGGUGCCGCAUGCUCAACGAUCGCAGACUCGUACGUCUUCCCUUUCGAGCCCAACCCCAACUGGUCAACCUUCUACGCUGGCAGCCGUGAAAUCUGGCAGUACAUGAAAGACACUGCCGUCAAGUGGGAUCUCGAGCAGUUCGUCACGUACAAUUCGAAAGUCACAGACUCCGUAUGGGAUGACGAGAAUGGAAGAUGGAAAGUUAAAAUCGACCGCCAAGGAAUAGUGGUCGAAGAACAGUGCGAUAUUCUCGUCAAUGCAUCAGGAUUUCUUAACAAGUGGACGUGGCCGAACAUUGAGGGACUUCAUGACUUCAAGGGGAAGUUGAUCCAUACAGCUGCGUGGGACCAAUUGUACGAUUGGACCAACAAGAAGGUCGCCGUUAUCGGCAAUGGCUCCUCUGCGAUCCAACUGGUCCCCCAUCUCCAGAAGACGGCCAAACAGGUGGUUAAUUAUGUUCGCAGUCCCACCUGGAUAGCUGCGAACUUCUUGGAAGAGUACAGCGAGGGCGGAGUUCAGGUCUACUCGGAAGAGAGAAAGAAGCAGUUCAGGGAAGAUCCUAGCAGCCUUUUUGAGCUGCGCAAGAAGAUGGAACACGGGUUCAAUGGUCUCUUCCGUGCCAUGCUGAUGGGGACCUCAGAGCAAAAGGCCAUGGCGAAGACGUAUAGAGACAUCAUGGAAAGCCGUCUAGGCAGAAAACCCGAGCUGAUCGACCGUUUUGUGCCCACGUUCACUGUGGGCUGCCGCCGGCUAACUCCAGGGGACGGCUACCUCGAGGCCUUACAGGAAGAGAACGUCAGAUGCCUCUGGUCACCCAUCGCGAAAGUCACAGAGACGGGCAUCCUCACGGAAGAAGGACUCGAAGACUUCGAUCUAAUUGUGACCGCGACCGGUUUCGACGUCAGUUUUAGGCCUUCAUGGAACCUCAUCGGCCGAAACGGCGCUUCGCUGAAAGAUACCUGGGCGAAGAAUCCAACAUCGUACUUCAGCAUUUGCGCCGUCGAUCACCCCAACUACUUCGUCUAUGCCGGGCCAAACUCGCCUGUCGCACAUGGAGUCUUACCAGGUGCUCUGGACCAAAUGUCCAGUUACAUAUUGAAAUGGUGUAAGAAGAUCGCUGAGGAAGAUAUCAAGUCGAUAACAGUCAAACCUAAAGUGGUAGAUGAUCUUAACGUCUGGUCCCAAGAACUACUCUCGCGCACUGUGUGGGCGGGCAAUUGCAGGAGCUGGUACAAGAACGGCACAAUUAAUGGCAAUAUCACUGCCUUGCACGCCGGAAGUGCCAUGCAUUUCAGAGAAAUGCUGGAAAAUAUUCGGGGUGAGGAUUUCGAAAUCUCAUACAGAUCAGCCAACGAGUUUCGGUAUCUGGGAAAUGGCCUGACUUUGAGGGACGCAAAUGGUGGUGAUCUAGCGUAUUACCUCAAGCAGUGA